UUUUUUUUUUGUUUGUUGAAUAAUAUUUUUUUAUAUUUAGUUAUCUUGUUGAACAUAAAGAAGUUGAAUUAAAUAUUCGAGAUCGAUGGGAUUCAACACCAUUGUAUUAUGCUUGUCUAUGUGGUCAUUUGGAAAUAGCUCAAUAUCUGCUGGAUAAUGGUGCUCGAUGUGAAGCAAAUACAUUUGAUGGUGAACGUUGUCGAUAUGGAGCUUUAAAUGAUACUAUUCGAACAUUAUUAAAAAAUUAUAAUGUUUUAACAGCACGAACAGUUAAACGAAAUACUUAUGAUGAAUUUUUAAGAAAACUUUAUGAACAAGGUUUAUAUAGUGAUGUAACAUUUGUUGUUGAUGAACGAAUAUUUCCUUUACAUCGAUGUGUAUUAGCUGCACGAUCAUCAUUUUUUCAUGAAGCAUUUGAAGGACGAUGGCAUGGAAAACGUAAUAUUAAUUUAACAAAAGCAAAAUUUAAUGUCGAUAGUUUUGAAUCUGUAGUUCGAUAUUUAUAUACGAAUUGUUGUGAAAUAUCAUUGGAUAAUAUUGAUACUGUUAAAGCAUUAGCUAGAAGUUGUCGUUUACCUCAUUUAAUUGAUUUAAUUGAACGUAAAAAACAUGAAAUCGAUCAAUGGCAAGCAAGUAAAACAGCAUCAUCAAAUAUUUAUCGUCUUGUACUUGAACCUGAUGAAGAUGAUGAUAGUAUACGAUUAGAUUUUCGUAUGUUAGCUGAACAAGCUAUUCCAUUAGAACUUCGUCAAUGGAUUGCUGGUAGUGAAAUGCCAUUUAUUGAUCAACCUCAUUUGGAUACAUUUUCUGAUCUUAUAUUUAUUGUUGAUGAAUGUUAUUAUUUUCAUGUUCAUCAAGCAUUUAUAUGUACACGAACAGAAUAUUUUUCAGCACUUAUUAAAAAUCAUUUUAAUGAAAUGUUACCAAAUACAAAACAACAAAAUGAUACAAAAUCAACUGUUAUGUUAAAACAUAUACAUAAAGAACAUUUUAUUCCACUUUUAUAUUAUAUUUAUUCUGAUGAAUGUGAAAUUUCAAAUGAUUGCGUUGAUGAUUUACUUGUAAUUGCUGAUGAACUUUUUUUACCUGGUUUAAAACGUCUUUGUGGAAAUACUUAUUCAAAACUACUUAGUAAUGAAACAAUUAUAUCAAUACUUCGUCUUGCACGUUUAUUUCAAUUAGUUAAACUUGAAAAUCAAUGUAUUCGAUUUAUUAGUGAUAAUUUAGAAGAGGUAUUACAACAAGAUGAAUUUAAAAAAUUUGUUCUUGAAGAUGCAGCUAGUGUAGUUGAUCGACAAGAAACUGAUACUGUACCAAUUAUUGAUGAUUUAAGAUUUUAUUUGGCUGAAUUUUCAACAGUUAAUCGUUCGGAUAUAGAUGAAACAUUAGAAAAAAUGAAAUUACUUGAUGAUUUUCUUGAUAAUAUUGGAGUAAAUGCUUAA